CCUCCCUCCCUCCCUCCCUCCAUCUCUCCCCUCCACCACCAUCACCACCACUCCCCCCGCGCUCCAGGACCCAGCGCGGGCGGGCGGACAGGCGGCGGCCUAGGAGGGGAGAAGGAGCGGCGGCGGCGGGAGUACCGGCGGCAGCCGGGAGGCAGGCCCGGCUGGGGACACAGAGCCGCCGGCGGCUGCUGCUCACACGGGACCAGAGUACUCGGCCAGGCCCUCCCACUGAGAGCGGGCCGCCCCCAGGACACCCCACCCUCCUCCGCCUUCCCGUUCACCUGCUCCUCUCCAUCCUCUCCUCCCACCUCAUCUCUCCACCUCAUCCCCCCCCCCCCCCUUCUUGGUUUCUCCAGGGCUGCCAGUUACCCUGUCCUCGCCAGCCCCUUCACUGCCCGGCCUCUCCUGGCCCCCAAGCAUGCUUUUCCCGUGGGGACCGAGGGCUUGAGGACUCCAGGCCCUAGCCUCAUCCAGGGCAGGGCCAAGGCUCUGGGGGGAGGGGGGGAAGGGGGCGGCCCCCUCCCCCCCAGCAGGCCCUCCCCUCCCCCACUUCUCCCGAUGGCCAGCUUUCUUUUCUCCACCCAGUCCUCACCCCCUGUGCCCCCCCCAGGCCGGCCCGGCUAGGGGAGGGGGCGGGGGCCCUUUCCUGGGCCGGCUUCCCCCUCCCCCGGCUUUGCCUGUGCCCCCCUCCCUUCCGUUUUCACCUUCCUCUCCUCCUUUCCUCCCUCCUUCCCCUCCGUUUGCUCCUUCCCCCUCUCCUCUCUCCCCUUCUCUCCUCCAUUUUCUCCUUUCCCCUUCCUCCCCUCCUGGCCCGCCCUUUGCUUUUCCACCUGUCCUUCCUCCCUGCUGCUGGAGAGACACUGUUUUGGAUUAGUUGGGGGCCACCGCGGGCGGCGGGGGAGGGGGCCCGGUGGACUGCCCUCUCCCCCCGGCCCCAGCCUCACCAGCACCCAGCGUCGGAGCAUCUCUCAGUAGUUCCUCGGGCCUCGAGGGAGCCCAGCCCUCCGUCCCACCAGGAUCCGUGGCGAGUGGGGGCCGCGGCAGCUGCAUCCCCAUGAGGAGGGGAGGAAGAUGCCGGCUGAGCUGCUGCUGCUGCUGAUAGUUGCCUUCGCCAACCCCAGCUGCCAGGUGCUGUCAUCACUGCGCAUGGCUGCAAUCCUGGAUGACCAGACCGUGUGUGGCCGUGGGGAGCGUCUGGCUCUGGCCCUGGCCCGGGAGCAGAUCAACGGGAUCAUCGAGGUCCCCGCCAAGGCCCGGGUGGAAGUCGACAUCUUUGAGCUGCAGCGGGACAGCCAGUACGAGACCACGGACACCAUGUGUCAGAUCCUGCCCAAGGGGGUCGUGUCUGUCCUGGGACCUUCCUCCAGCCCAGCUUCUGCCUCCACCGUGAGCCAUAUCUGUGGGGAGAAGGAGAUCCCCCAUAUCAAGGUGGGUCCUGAGGAGACGCCCCGCCUUCAGUACCUUCGGUUCGCAUCUGUCAGCCUGUACCCCAGUAACGAAGACGUCAGCCUGGCCGUCUCUCGAAUCCUCAAGUCCUUUAACUACCCGUCGGCCAGCCUCAUCUGCGCCAAGGCUGAGUGCCUGCUGCGGUUAGAAGAAUUGGUGCGAGGUUUCCUCAUCUCGAAGGAGACGCUCUCCGUGCGGAUGCUGGACGACAGCCGGGACCCCACGCCGCUGCUCAAGGAGAUCCGCGACGACAAAGUGUCCACCAUCAUCAUCGAUGCCAACGCAUCCAUCUCCCACCUUGUCCUCCGUAAGGUAGAGUAUGACGGGCUGACCGGGCGGGUUGAGUUCAACAGCAAAGGGCAGAGGACCAACUACACGCUGCGCAUCCUGGAGAAGGCCCGGCAGGGCCACCGAGAGAUCGGGGUGUGGUACUCUAACCGGACCCUGGCCAUGAAUGCCACCACCCUGGACAUCAACCUGUCUCAGACUCUAGCCAACAAGACUCUGGUGGUCACAACUAUCCUGGAGAACCCAUACGUCAUGCGGCGGCCCAACUUCCAGGCCCUGUCGGGGAACGAGCGCUUUGAGGGCUUCUGCGUGGACAUGCUCCGGGAGCUGGCCGAGCUGCUGCGCUUCCGCUACCGCCUGCGCCUGGUGGAGGACGGGCUGUAUGGAGCGCCCGAGCCCAACGGCUCCUGGACCGGCAUGGUCGGCGAGCUCAUCAACCGGCAGAAGGCCGACCUGGCGGUGGCGGCCUUCACCAUCACCGCGGAGCGGGAGAAGGUCAUCGACUUCUCCAAGCCCUUCAUGACGCUGGGGAUCAGCAUCCUCUACAGGGUCCACAUGGGCCGCAAACCCGGCUAUUUCUCCUUCCUGGACCCCUUCUCCCCUGCCGUGUGGCUCUUCAUGCUGCUUGCCUACCUGGCUGUGAGCUGUGUCUUGUUCUUGGCCGCCAGGCUCAGCCCUUACGAGUGGUACAACCCGCACCCGUGCCUGCGGGCGCGCCCCCACAUCCUGGAGAACCAGUACACGCUGGGCAACAGUCUCUGGUUCCCCGUGGGCGGCUUCAUGCAGCAGGGCUCGGAGAUCAUGCCCCGGGCACUGUCCACGCGCUGCGUCAGCGGGGUCUGGUGGGCCUUCACCCUGAUCAUCAUCUCCUCCUACACGGCCAACCUGGCUGCCUUCCUCACCGUGCAGCGCAUGGAGGUGCCGGUGGAGUCAGCGGAUGACCUGGCAGACCAGACCAACAUCGAGUACGGCACCAUCCAUGCCGGCUCCACCAUGACCUUCUUCCAGAACUCGCGGUACCAGACGUACCAGCGCAUGUGGAACUACAUGCAGUCCAAGCAGCCCAGCGUGUUCGUCAAGAGCACGGAGGAGGGCAUCGCCCGCGUGCUCAACUCCCGCUACGCCUUCCUGCUGGAGUCCACCAUGAACGAGUACCACCGGCGCCUCAACUGCAACCUCACCCAGAUCGGGGGCCUCCUCGACACCAAGGGCUACGGCAUCGGCAUGCCGCUGGGCUCCCCGUUUCGGGAUGAGAUCACGCUGGCCAUCCUGCAGCUCCAGGAGAACAACAGGCUGGAGAUCCUGAAGCGCAAGUGGUGGGAGGGCAGCCGCUGCCCCAAGGAGGAGGACCACAGGGCCAAAGGUCUGGGCAUGGAGAACAUUGGGGGGAUUUUCGUCGUGCUCAUCUGCGGCCUCAUCAUCGCCGUUUUCGUGGCCGUCAUGGAAUUCAUCUGGUCCACGCGGAGGGCAGCAGAGUCGGAGGAGGUGUCGCUGUGCCAGGAGAUGCUGCAGGAGCUGCGCCACGCCGUGUCCUGCCGCAAGACCUCGCGCUCCCGCCGGCGCCGGCGCCCGGGCCCGAGCCGGGCGCUGCUGUCGCUGCGCGCCGUCCGCGAGCUGCGGCUCAGCAACGGCAAGCUGUACUCGGCCGGCGCGGGCGGGGACGCGGGCGCGCACGGCGGCCCGCAGCGCCUGCUGGACGACCCCGGGCCGCCCGGGGGCCCGCGGCCCGCCGCCCCCACG